AUGAACAGUGACAAUAACCCUAUCAGGGAGCCUGAUAUUAAGAAAAGGAAGAUCGAACCAAAAACUAGUAAUAAUAAUAAUAAUAAUAGCUCACAACAAACAACUUCAAACACUAGAAACAAUGAUCAAAUUAUAGAAAUACUAUCAGACGAAGAGUCAGCGCCACCACGACCAACAACUACUAUAGUUAAUUUGGAUACAGAACUGGAUGACUCUACAUUAACAGAUGUCGAUUAUCGUGAUGAUAAUUAUGCCGGUGAUGGUGGCAAUGAAAUACAAAUAGUAGGUGUAAACACUUCAAAUCCUACUCCAUUAAGUACACCAUUGUCAAACAUUAAUCGUGGUGGCGUUCCAUCCAACACAAAUAUCAACAAUAACAAUAACAGGACUCAUAAUGACAACAAUGAUGAUGAUGAUGAAGAAGAUGAUGAUGAUUUGGAAAUAUUAGAAGUUCGAACUAUAAAUAAUCCACAAAAUGAACGACUACUGACUCCAGUGGGUGAUAUUCCAUUUGUUAGAGAACAUAAUGAUUACAGAAUUUUUGGAAAUCGUCCAAUAAGAAAUUCAAAUCCACCAAUUAUAAGGUCACAACUGGAGAUGGGACGUCGACAACCAUUACCAAGUCCAAGUCAAAUACAACAAGGAUUGAUGCCAACAAAUAGACGAAGACUGAUAAGAGAAAGAUAUACCGGUAUGGUACAUUCAGAUUAUGAACCUUGGAUUACUGUACCUAAUCCAGAACUUUAUGGUGGUAGAGAAGCUUUUGACCCAGCAAGAUUUUUUCAAAGUGAAUCGACCUUAGGGAGAUCAGGAUUGGAUAUAAGAGUGAUAGAGCUUGGAUCAAGACCAGAAGACUAUGCUUUGAUUCGAGAACGUUUACGUCGUGAUCGAGAAACAACUGCAUUAAAUUCAUCAAGACAAAGAGGAAGAAAUACUACAUCUCGAGCUCCUAGACGAUCAUAUUUGGAAUUAGCUGCAAAUGAAACAUCAAACCUUUCUUCAUUUCCUCAUCAACCACCUAUAAAUUCUACUGAACAUUCACUGCAUUCAAGAAGAGGAGUUGGGAAUAGAAAUGGUAGAGUACGACGUCAACAAAGUCGUCAUAUAGAUUCCCCACCAUUUCUUGAUGAUCAUCCCUUUUUAAGUGAUGUUACCACUCCAGUUCCUCGUGAAUUACGAUUUCUUGGAAAUACUUAUCAUGAUGUUGGUCUUGCCCUUGAUAAUUUGAUGGAUUCUUCUUAUACACCUGGUGGGUUUAAUGCUGCUAUUGAACGAAGUAUUAUGCAACGAAUUGAUGAAGAUAAUAAUCGGACUAUUGAUAGAAGACUUGCACAAGAAACAAAUUAUAAUAAAAAAACUAAAAAUGAAAUUGAAAAAAAAAUGGCUAAUCAAGAUGAAGGACAUACUAGUAUUAUUAAAUCAAAUGAAAAUUUAGUUUGUGAAUUAUGUAAUAUAAUAUUAGGUGAAGGAGUAUCAGAAGAUUUCCAUGGUGAUUCUCGAUAUAAUGAAAAAUUUUCUCAUCAUUGUGAAACUUAUAAUUGUCAAGCACCUUGGUUUUGUGUUUAUCCAUUUACUAAAGUUGAUAUUGAAUUAUCAAAACGAAUAUUUGUUGCUAAAUGUGGUCAUUUAUUUUGUGGUAGAUGUGUUAAAAAUAUUGGUAAUCGACCUAAAAUAAGGCGUAAAUCUAAAACCAAUGGUGGUGGUGGUGAUGUAUCAAUAUUGAAUCCAAAAUUUUAUGCCCCUUCAACUUGUCCAGAAUUACAAUGUCAAAAGAAAUUUCUGGCUAAAAGUUUUACUGAAGUUUAUUUUUAG